ACUUGGUUCCAAACUGAGCCGAAGCUUCCCAAUGCAUUUUGUACAGUCUGGGAAAAACUGUGCUGCAUUGGCCAUUUUUGAAGGCCAUCAUGCCCUGUAAUAUAAGGAUAUCAUCUUAUUGCUGAUAUCUUUGGAGAGUUCCAAGCAGACACAGAAAAUGAAUGGAGGCAAGGACUGUGACGGAGGGGACAAAGAUGGAGGUCUUCCAGCUAUACAAGUUCCUGUGGGUUGGCAGCGUCGUGUGGAUCAAAAUGGAGUGCUUUAUGUCAGUCCCAGUGGGUCUUUGUUAUCUUGCUUGGAGCAGGUUAAAACAUACCUGCUUACUGACGGAACAUGCAAGUGUGGCUUGGAAUGUCCUCUUAUUCUUCCCAAGGUGUUUAAUUUUGAUCCUGGAGCUGCUGUGAAACAGAGAACUGCAGAAGAUGUUAAAGCAGAUGAAGAUGUCACAAAGCUAUGCAUACAUAAAAGAAAAAUCAUUGCAGUGGCUACACUUCACAAAAGCAUGGAAGCCCCACAUCCUUCUCUGGUGCUCACCAGUCCCGGGGGAGGAACAAAUGCAACUCCAGUAGUACCUUCACGGGCAGCAACUCCAAGAUCCGUAAGAAAUAAGUCGCAUGAAGGAAUUACAAAUUCUGUAAUGCCUGAAUGUAAGAAUCCUUUCAAGUUAAUGAUUGGAUCAUCAAAUGCCAUGGGAAGGCUAUAUGUACAAGAAUUGCCUGGAAGCCAGCAGCAAGAACUCCACCCUGUCUACCCCCGGCAGAGAUUGGGCAGCAGUGAACACGGACAGAAAUCUCCAUUCCGUGGUAGCCAUGGAGGCCUGCCCAGCCCAGCAUCGUCAAGUUCCCAGAUAUAUGGAGAUGGCUCAAUCUCUCCAAGGACUGACCCACUCGGAAGCCCAGAUGUUUUCACAAGAAGUAAUCCUGGUUUUCAUGGAGCUCCCAAUUCUAGUCCUAUUCAUUUGAAUAGGACUCCUCUUUCUCCACCUUCAGUAAUGCUACAUGGUUCUCCUGUACAGUCAUCCUGUGCAAUGGCUGGAAGGACUAAUAUACCUCUUUCCCCAACCUUGACUACAAAGAGUCCAGUAAUGAAAAAACCAAUGUGUAAUUUUUCAACUAAUAUGGAAAUACCACGAGCAAUGUUCCACCACAAACCACCCCAAGGCCCACCUCCCCCUCCUCCACCUUCUUGUGCUCUUCAGAAAAAGCCAUUAACAUCCGAGAAAGAUCCACUUGGCAUUCUUGACCCUAUUCCUAGUAAACCGGUGAAUCAGAACCCUGUUAUCAUUAAUCCAACUAGUUUCCAUUCAAAUGUCCACUCUCAGGUACCUGUGAUGAAUGUAAGCAUGCCUCCUGCUGUUGUUCCUUUGCCAAGUAAUCUCCCUUUGCCAACCAUAAAACCUGGUCAUAUGAAUCAUGGGAGUCACAUACAAAGAGUUCAGCAUUCAGCUUCAACCUCCCUGUCCCCUUCUCCAGUGACAUCCCCAGUGCACAUGAUGGGGACUGGAAUUGGAAGGAUUGAGGCAUCGCCCCAAAGAUCACGCUCAUCUUCCACAUCAUCAGAUCACGGAAAUUUCAUGAUGCCACCUCUAGGACCCCAGGCCACUUGUAGUGGUAUUAAGGUUCCACCCAGGUCACCAAGGUCAACGAUAGGGUCCCCAAGGCCAUCAAUGCCAUCAAGCCCUUCUACCAAGUCCGAUGGACAUCAUCAGUACAAGGAUAUCCCUAACCCAUUAAUUGCUGGAAUGAGUAAUGUACUAAGUACCCCAAGCAGUGCAGGUUUUCCUACUGCAUCUGCCGGAAGUGGUUCUGUAAAGAGUCAGCCUGGUUUGCUGGGAAUGCCUUUAAAUCAGAUCUUGAACCAGCACAAUGCUGCCUCCUUUCCAGCAAGUAGUUUACUCUCAGCAGCAGCCAAAGCACAGCUAGCAAAUCAAAACAAACUUGCUGGUAACAACUGCAGCAGCAGUAGCAAUUCUGGAGCUGUCGCUGGCAGUAGCAACACUGAAGGACAUAGCACUUUAAACACCAUGUUCCCUCCUACUGCCAACAUGCUUCUCCCGACAGGGGAAGGGCAAAGUGGCCGAGCAGCACUAAGAGAUAAGCUGAUGUCUCAGCAAAAAGACUCAUUGCGGAAAAGAAAACAGCCACCUACCACAGUGUUGAGUUUGCUCAGACAGUCUCAAAUGGAUAGUUCUGCAGUUCCUAAGCCUGGACCCGACUUGCUGAGAAAGCAGGGUCAGGGUUCCUUUCCCAUCAGUUCAAUGUCUCAGUUACUACAGUCUAUGAGUUGUCAAAGCUCUCACUUGAGUAGCAAUAGUACCCCGGGUUGUGGGGGCUCAAAUACUGCUUUGCCUUGCUCUGCUAACCAGCUGCAUUUUACAGAGCCCAGUAUGAACUCCAGUGCUCUUCAGAACUCACUGACACAGAACAUACCUUUGAGAGGGGAAGCCGUGCACUGCCACAGUGCAAACACUAACUUUGUCCACAGUAACAGCCCAGUCCCAAACCACCAUCUUGCAGGUUUAAUAAAUCAGAUUCAGGCUAGCGGGAACUGUGGGAUGCUCAGUCAGUCGGGCGUGGCUUUAGGAAACUCAUUACAUCCCAAUCCACCUCAGUCAAGAAUCUCAACGUCCUCCACUCCAGUGAUACCAAACAGCAUUGUUAGCAGCUAUAAUCAAACAAGUUCUGAAGCAGGCGGUUCAGGAUCGUCGUCCUCCAUAGCCAUAGCCGGCACCAACCACCCUGCCAUCACCAAGACAACAUCUGUUCUUCAAGAUGGUGUCAUAGUUACCACCGCAGCUGGAAACCCACUGCAGAGUCAGCUGCCUAUUGGGAGUGACUUUCCUUAUGUUGGCCAGGAGCACGCACUUCAUUUUCCAUCCAACAGCACUUCAAACAACCAUCUUCCACACCCCUUGAACCCCAGCCUCCUCAGUCCUCUACCUAUCUCUUUGCCAGUGAAUCAACAGCAUCUCCUAAGCCAGAAUCUAUUAAAUAUCCUCCAGCCUUCAGCAGGAGAAGGUGACAUGUCCUCAAUAAACAAUACUUUGAAUAACCAUCAACUGACUCAUCUGCAGUCGCUGUUAAACAACAAUCAGAUGUUUCCUCCAAAUCAGCAGCAGCAACAGCAACUUCUUCAGGGGUACCAGAACCUGCAGGCAUUUCAAGGACAGCCCACAAUUCCUUGCGCGGCUAACAGUAACCCCAUGGCUUGUCUGUUUCAGAACUUUCAGGUGAGAAUGCAGGAAGAUGCAGCUCUCCUAAACAAAAGAAUAAGCACUCAGCCGGGGCUCACGGCACUUCCUGAGAAUCCAAACACUGCACUUCCACCUUUCCAAGAUACAUCUUGUGAGUUGCAACCGAGGAUUGACCCAUCUCUUGGUCAGCAGGUGAAGGAUGGCCUCAUUGUGGGUGGCCAAGGUGAUGCUUCUGUAGAUGCCAUUUACAAAGCAGUUGUGGAUGCAGCCAGCAAAGGAAUGCAGGUUGUCAUCACCACUGCAGUCAACAGUACAACUCAGAUCAGCCCCAUUCCAGCUCUGAGUGCCAUGAGUGCCUUCACUGCCUCGAUUGGUGACCCAUUAAGUCUCCCCAGUGCUGUCAGUGCGGUCAUUCAUGGACGAAACAUGGGCAGUGUCGAUCAUGAUGGUAGGCUGAGGAAUGCAAGAGGGGCUCGGCUGCCCAGGAAUCUGGACCAUGGGAAAAACUCAAAUGAAGGAGAUGGGUUUGAAUAUUUCAAGUCAGCAAGUUGCCACACAUCCAAAAAACAGUGGGAUGGGGAGCAAAGCCCUGGAGGGGAGCGAAACAGGUGGAAGUGUGAGGAAUUUUUAGAUCAUCCAGGCCAUAUCCACAGUAGUCCUUGUCACGAGAGGUCCAACAAUGUCUCUACACUGCCAUUUCUGCCUGGGGAACAGCACCCAGUACUGUUACCACCAAGAAACUGUCAAGGGGAUAAAAUUCUGGAGGAAAAUUUCAGGUAUAAUAACUACAAAAGAACUAUGAUGAGUUUUAAGGAGAGACUAGAGAACACUGUGGAAAGAUGCGCACACAUUAAUGGGAACAGACCUCGACAGAGUCGGGGCUUUGGAGAGCUGCUGAGCACUGCAAGGCAAGACCUGGUCCUAGAGGAACAGUCUCCAAGCUCCUCAAAUAGUUUGGAAAGUUCUCUAGUCAAAGACUACAUCCAUUACAAUGGAGACUUUAAUGCCAAAAGCAUUAAUGGGUGUGUGCCUAGCCCUUCAGAUGCUAAAAGCAUUAGUAGUGAAGAUGACCUAAGGAAUCCAGAUUCCCCUUCUUCAAAUGAGUUGAUACAUUAUAGGCCAAGGACGUUCAACGUUGGCGACUUGGUCUGGGGCCAAAUCAAAGGACUUACUUCUUGGCCUGGAAAAUUAGUAAGAGAAGACGACGUUCACAAUUCAUGUCAACAAAGCCCCGAGGAAGGGAAGGUGGAGCCCGAGAAGUUGAAGACACUAACAGAAGGUUUAGAAGCCUACAGUCGAGCCCGGAAAAGGAACAGAAAAAGUGGAAAGCUAAAUAACCAUUUAGAAGCUGCUAUUCAUGAGGCCAUGAGUGAACUGGACAAAAUGUCUGGGACUGUUCACCAAAUCCCACAGGGAGACAGACAAAUGAGACCCCCCAAACCCAAGAGGAGGAAGAUCUCCAGAUAACAGGGACUACUCCACCAAUGCGCAGUGUUUAUUAAAGGAACGUGCACAGAUAAAUCUAUCUAUAGAUAGGUAUUGAUAUAUCCACUGUUAUAUCAGUAUUUAUGCUAUGGCAGAUUGCUACCACCACCACAGGGUGCUAAAAGAAACAGUGAUACAAUAUUUUUUUGAACAGGAAAGAUAAUGAAGGCUGGAAAACCAAUCAAAACCCCUGACUGAUGAGAGUGAUAAACGGUCAAGAGAUUACUGAAAAACUUUUUCUAUAAUGCUAAAAUUGUGAUUAUAAGAAAUGUCCAAAUGUUUCGGAAGACUUUUCAAUGUUGUAUAUAGAAAAUACAGAAUUUCAUGGUGAUAUCAGAAGUGUAAAUAUUGUACAAUAUUGUCAUGUACAAGCGUACCUAAUGCACACUUUAUCUUUUAUUGUACAAAGAAAUAGUGUACAAAAUUCUUUGGUUUCUAUGGAGUACACCUACCAGAGACUACCAGUGUAAAGUGAUAAAUAAAAAUACAACCUAAAGGCUUUUCUAUGAUAAUGUAACAGAUGCUGUUUUUGUAUUUAACAGCAGAGAAAAGGCAUGAUGAUGUAGUACCUGAAUGAUGACAUACACUGCACACCACCGAGUGUCCAUUUAUAUUGUCUGUUUGGAAUGAACCUUGCCUGGCAGCACUGGACUCGAUUUCGGGUGCCUAGGAAAUCAAAACUUUGCAGAUUUCUAAGGGAUGAGGGCUCACAGGUCUAAAUUAAGAAUUCAGAAACUGCAACCAUUUGUUGCAUAUUUUUUUUACCUAAGUUUUAAAGUAGAAUAGGUUUUAUAAAAAAAAAUCUUAGAUGGAAUAUUUUACUCAGUCAUUUCUGUAGUUAACGUUUGAUAGCCACCUAUUGAUCUAGCUAGCUUAUGCUGCACCACCAUUGACACUCAAGAGUGGAAUUUGUUUGCAGACGGUACCUGACAAGAUAAAACUCUCUGUUUCCAUACAUGGAGGCAAAAGCCCCACUUCGAAACCAUUAUCAGAAGUAAGGUUGAUUAUCAUUCAGUUUUUGUGUAGUGGCAAGAAGAAAUACGAAUCAUCAAAGCAGGUUUCAUAGCCAUUCAUCAGUAUUACUCAGAAGUGAAGGUGGCUUACAAAAUUAUUAGCAAUGGUAAUUUUUUAUCAGUAUUAUGUAACAUAUCAGAUUUAUUUUAUUUAAAGAAU